AUGGAGUCCUCUAAGUUGUCGUCUGGAGAGUCACCUGCCCAUCAUGCAGGCCUGUUCAAUCCUUUACCGGCAAAGUCGAGCUUAACAUUUCAUUUGUUUCCAUAUCUCCCGAUAGAAAUUAGAGACAUGAUUUGGGAGGAGAGCCUGGCCUGCGAGCGAUAUAUCCCGGUUGAGCUUUGGUAUAAAGACAGCCGAUCCGGAGAUUUCUGUCGGCCAGAAUUGCUCCCACGUGCCGAUCAAGAGUACAGAAUAGUACUCAAGAAUCCCCCAAGGCCUAACGCUAUUUUUGGCACCAAUUCCGAAUCUCGUGCGAGUGCUUGUCGAUUCUAUAGGGUGCAUCUUCCCUGCUACUCCGUCAAGGGGUCACGGUUACACGCACCGGGAACGUUUUGGUUCAACCCUGAGCUGGACACUCUGGAGAUUCGUGGGUUCGAGCACUUUAAAACCCUUGCAAAUGAUCUUUGGCGCCACGACCGCAAAAAGAAAGGACUACUCAAUGUAUCUUUGAACAUCAAGAGCAAUUUCUUCUUCAAUCGCUUCUACAAAGAUACCGCUUCCUCGGACGAGCUUCGCCAAGUUGUUAGACGACUUGAGCAUGUAACCUUUAUUCAUUACUCGUUGCCUAGGGUGACACUGGCUUACAUCAGGAAUCAUUUCUGUUACACGAAGUGCUCGCUCCCAUUUACAUAUCUCCGUUCACUUCCUGUUGUGGGUGCGACUGGUAGCUUUUCGCGGCAGCAAGAUCCACGUCCUAUCGAGGAUGACGUACUCAAGAGUGUCUCCCUCGCUGCGUUCCCUGGGUUUGGGCGAAUCGCUCUGGAUUGGAGGAACAGGUUUCAGGAACUAAGAGCAGGAAGGCCAUGUGUCUUCAGAUUCGCAUAUGCAGCUGACGGAUGUCAGAAGCAAUUCGUCACUGAUAAAGCGGAUGCUAUGGACUAUCUAAAGGACGAAUGUAAAAAGUGGCAAGAUAAGUUUGACUGGGAAAGAAGGUUACACGCCAUAAAUCCAUGGACAUCAGGAUACACGAUCCCCAAGCAGGCUGAUAACGGACUUGAAACUGCAUUUGGGUUUUGGACCUUUCCUCUCGAGCCUCAGGGUCCAUUUGCCAAGCCACGAGCCUCCCGAGAAGCAGUUUAUGACCUUUCUGCCUACCAACCCGAGCUGUGCGUAUUUCACUUAUAA